AUGGCGAGAUUACGCCUUUCUCUAACAUCAUCCACUCUCAUCCCCUCUCAUCCACUCUCAUCCCCUCCCAUCCACUCUCAUCCCCUCCCAUCCCCUCAUCCCCUCCCAUCCCCUCUCAUCCCUUCCCAUCUCCUCUUAUCCCUUCCCAUCCCCUCUCAUCCCCUCUCAUCCCCUUCCAUCGAUUCCCGUCCCCCCUCCUGCCGUCUAUUCCCCUCUAAUUCCCUCUCCUCCCCGUUUAUCCUCACUAGUCCCCUCUCCUGCCCUUUAUUUUCAGCUCAUUCCCUCUCAUCCAAUCUCAUCUCAUUUCAUCCUCUUGCAUCAACUCUGAAUUGUCCCAUCCCCUUUGCUCCUUUUGCCUCUCCUUUCCUGCCCUCUAAUCCCCUCUCAUUCCCUAUUAUCCCCUACAUCCUCUCUCAUCCCCCUCUCCUGCCAUCCCCUCUCAUUCCCUAUUAUCCUCACUCAUCCUCUCAUCCCCUCUCAUCCUCUCUUAUCGUCAUUCAUCCCCUCUCUUGCACUAAAUUCCCCUCUCAUUCCUCUUAUCCCCUAUCUUCCUCUCUCAUCCCCUCACCUGCCCACCCCUCUCAUUCCUUCCUCUCCCCUCUCAUCUUCUCUACUCCCCUCUCAUCUUCCCUCUUCCCUGCUCCUUCAGUGGGGGGAGGCCAUGGCUCCUAUGAUUCCAACACUCCUGGCCUCUAUUCCCCUCUCAUUCCCUAUAAUCCCCUUGCAUCCUCUCUCACCCCCUCUCCUGCACGUGUUUACCUCAUUCUCUCUCAUUCUCUCUCAUUCACUCUCAUUCACUCUCAUUCCCUCUCAUUCUCUCUCAUUAUCUCUCAUUCACUCUCAUUCUAUCUCAUUCCCUCUCGUUCUCUCUCAUUCACUCUCAUUCUAUCUCAUUCCCUCUCAUUCUCUCUCAUUAUCUCUCAUUCACUCUCAUUCUAUCUCAUUCCCUCUUGUUAUCUCUCAUUCUCUCUCAUUCUCUCUCAUCCUCUUGCAUCAUCUCUGAACCCUCCCAUCCCCAUCACUCAUUUCCCCUCCCUUCGUUACCCUCUAAUCCCUUCGCAUUCCCUCUUACCCCCCUUCAUCCUCUCACAUCCCCUCUCCUGCCCUCCCCUCUCAUUCCCUCCUCUCGCCUCUCAUCUUCUCUCAUCCAAUCUCACCCCCUCUCAUCCCUCUCAUCUUCUCUCGUCCCCUCCCCGGCAUUCUAUUCCCCUCUCGUUCUCUCUUAUCCCCCUUCAUCGUCUCUCAACCCCCUCUCCUGCCCUCCCCUCUCAUUCUCUCUUAUUCUCACUCAUCCUCUCUCAUCCCCUCUCAUUCUCUCUCAUCCCCAAUCAUCCUCUCUCAUCCCCUCUCAUCCUCUCUCAUCCCCAAUCAUCCCCUCUCAUCCGCUCUCAUCCCCUCUCAUCCCCUCUCAUCCCCUCUCAUUCCCUCUCAUCUUCUUUCGCCCCCUCCCUCUCAUCCCCUCUCAUUCCCUCUCAUUCCCUCUCUUUCCCUCUCAUUCCCUCUCUUUCCAUCUCUUUCCCUCUCCUCCACUUUCAUUCUUAUACUGUCACCCUCUUUCAAACUCUUCCAUCCUCCCAUUUUCAUAGUCAUCCCUCUCAUUCCCUAUCUUCCCCGUUGAUCCUCCAUUGUCCCCUCCCCCUCCCUCUUUUCCCCUCUCAUUCCCUCUCAUCCCCUUUCAUCCUUUCCUGUCCCCUCCCCUGUCCUCUUUUUCCCUCUCAGUCCUUGUCAUCCCCUUCAAUAGUUUCUCAUCCCCUCUCCUGCCAUCUUCUCUCCAGUCAUUCCCUCUCCUCCCGAUUCAUCCUUUCUUUUCCCCUCUAUUGCCCUCUUAAAUCUUGUCAUUCCCUCUCAUCCCCUUUCAACCUUGUUCCGUCCCUUGCCUUCUUUUCCCCUCUCAUUCCCUCUCUUCUCCUUUCAUACUUUCUCACCCCCUCUCCUGCCAUCUUUUCUCCAGCCAUUCCCUCACAUCCCUUUCAUUCUUUCUCUUCCCCCCUCCUGUUUUCGCCUCCAAGGGCCUCUCAUCCUCGCAUCUCAUCCCAUCCUCAACCCGUUCCCCCCGCUUCCCUCUAUUCCACACUCAUUCCUUGCAUCUCAUCUCUUUCUCUGCCGUCUCCUUGCUUGCCCUCUAAUUAA